AUGUCGCUGUUAUCAGCGGUUACAGCCCGGCUCGGCCAAAUGUCCAAAGACGCUCCGCGAUCUCUUGUCAGACUGAGCGUCUUCGGUGCAAUUUCCUUCUUACUUAUUCUCGUGGCAUGGAAAGGCUCGUCAAGCUUGUCUUACGACUGGACGCCUCCUCAGACAAGUGAGCCUGAACUGAUGAAUAUUUCUGCGAAGGCGAACGCAUUCGCUGAGAAUCCGGUCCAGGCACCAUAUGAGAACACUUUCUGGGAGGUCGGCCAGAGAUCAAGAGAAUUGAGCCACUGGUUGUCAAAGUCUGACAAGCUUGACCUGACUUCAAAAGUUGGGCGGGAGCUUCUGGAUAUCACGGAGAUAACCGCCCAACAAUUAUUCCCUUUCCUCAAAAAUCCACCACGGAACCCCGGAUCAAAAACUCCGCUCUCUGAUCUGCGACAAUCGUUUGAUAGAGGGUCCAGAGGCAUUGUAAUCCCUGUUGGAGGAAGCGAGAAGUCCGUUCGUUUUGCAGGCCAUUUAAUUGUGAGCUUGCGUAAAGUUCUGGGCUGUCGGCUGCCUAUCCAGAUUGUGUAUGCUGGGGAUGAUGACUUGCACAAAACGGAUCGCGACAGGAUAGCGAAGCUUGAUGGGGCAUCUGAUGUUGAGUUUCUCGAUAUCUUCACUGUCUUUGACGAUACAACCCUGAAGCUCAAAGAUGGUGGAUGGGCCAUUAAGGCUUUUGCAUUGCUCGGAUCGAACUUUGAAGAAGUCAUCCUCUUAGAUGCUGAUGCUGUGUUCAUACAACAGCCGGAGAGGCUAUUUGCGCAAAAGGCAUAUAUCGAGAAAGGCGCAUUACUAUUCCACGACCGACUGCUUUGGCAGCAUGCUUUCAGAGAAAGGCAUGACUGGUGGAAAGACCAGAUCAAGGAACCAUCAGCGGAGAUGAACAGAUCACUUGUUUGGACAGAAGACUACGCUGAAGAAUGUGACUCCGGAGUAGUAGUUCUCAACAAGGCGCGAGUAACUACUCUCGUUGGCCUUCUACAUGUCGCAUGGCAGAACACAUAUGAUGUGCGAGAGGAGGUCACUUACAGGCAAGGCCACGGGGACAAGGAGUCUUGGUGGCUUGGCCUUGAACUUGGCGGGUCCAGUUAUGAGUUUGAGUCGCAUUAUGGUUCAAUGAUUGGCUGGGGGGAAGGCGAAGGGAAAAAUGUGACAAAUGUUUGUAGCUUUGUCAUUGCUCAUACUGAUGAGAAGGAUAAGCUGUUAUGGUACAAUGGAAGCUUGUUGAAGAACAAGCGGGUGGACCCAGAUGGAUAUGAAUUACCAGAGUAUUGGAUGAUGGAUGGCAAAUGGCAUAAGGGAAGGACAAAGGACGAUAUGAGCUGCAUGACUGAUACGGAAGUGCUGGAGUUAACAGCUGAGGAGAAGCGCGUGUUGGGCGAAAGUAUUGAAAUUGCGAAGAAGGUAGAUAUGGCCCUCAAAGGGACAACCCCGCAAACCGCUCACCUCAUUUCUUCAAUCACUUUCCGAGCCUCAUCAGACGAUGAAAUGGCAGCGCCUGCCUUCGGAUUCUCUGCCGGUGACUUCGUCAGCGCUGUGAAGCUGAUUGUCGAUAUCACCAAAGCUCUAAGAAUCACAGGAGGCGCUGCAGGACAUUAUCUCGAAGUGCUGACCGAUUUAAACCUUUUGAAAGACGUUUUGUCACACCUGCAACAGCAAUCCGGCGCGGCAAGGCAAAGAAGCAGCAAUGCUUUUGCAGAGCAUGCGCGGAAACAAGCAGGCCUCACUUUAUCCACACUAGCAAACUUUCUCGAUCUUAUAUCCAAGUUCGAUGCUAGCCUAGGCGCUCAAAGAUCGUCUGCAUGGUACCGCGGUGUUGUUAGAAAGGCGCAGUGGGCUCUGGUCUAUUCGAAGCAUGUCGAUGAUCUGCGCUCAAGGAUUGGGACACAGCUUCAAACGUUGAAUUUCGUCACUCAGCUACAAGAAAACCAGCUCAACAUGAUCAAGAUUCAAAAUGAACAGGUUAUAGCGCAACUCCAAGCACGCCGAAUCAUUGGCAUCGAAGAGCUUCGAGAACAACCAAGUCAGCUUGACAUUCACGACGAUGAGCGUCUACCUGGCAGCCAAAGAAACAAUUCACAACCUGAUGACUGGCUUUAUAUCGCACAUGAAUCACCUCAACUUAUUGAUGACUCUCAACCAAGUGCAAGUCACUCAAUGUCCCAAUUUAUCGUAGCAGGUUUGGGAGACCCUGAUCUAAAUAUGAUCACAGACCGGGAGGACCAACCCAAUUUGCACAAUCUCGUCAUGAAAGCCUGGUUACUAUUUCCAGGACUAAUGAGACACUAUUCCCGCCUUUGCACGUCGAUUUCAAUGCCACCUCUCCUCGUACUCGUGGAAAACAUCAGCUUUGUAGAUGUGCUCGGACGUAAAACGACAUUACAGUAUGACUUCUUCAGGUACUGGGCCGUCGCCAAAAGACAGUAUUUCUUCCUCGGUUCCGAUGCGGCGACAAAUACCCUAAACUCAGAUGUUGAGCUCGCUUGGCAGUCAAUGGCCCGCCCUGGAUGCCGAAUCUCGAUGUCAAUCAAGUUGAUUGCAAAAGACAAGGAGGUUUUAAACACCAAGUGCCCUAGCCCUAGCUGCACAGGCCGCUCAGUUCAGAUUGACAAUGGGGAAACAUUUUCGUGCCAGAAGUGCGAUCUGACAUACUCCAUGCUGCCUGAAGUCUCUGCAACAGAUGUAUCUAUUCGUGAACGAAGAAAAAGUCCACAUAUUGGCACCUGCGAUGAGCGAGAUAUCAACAGAGAGCACUUCGACUGUAAGGAAAAGUCCAUUACCGGGGAACAGGGCCAACCGCAGAAAAUCUAUCUGGGUAUGGGAAUGUUGCUGCUGUGGAACUGGUACCAUGCGCAUACAGGUUUCUGA